AUGCCACCAAGAAGGGGAAGACAACCAACGCAAAUUUCUGCACAAAACAACGAUCGAGCUAAUGAUAAUAGACCUAUAGGUAGACCUAGAGGUCGCUUACGAGGACGCCCUCCACGUCCUCGAGGACGACCACGAGGUAGCUCACAAAGCCAAUUACACUCAAUUUUAGCUUCUCAAGGUGAAUCCUUCAAUCAAACUGAUACAAAUCUUGAAGCUUCGGAUCCUGACGUUAACUCAUUAAGAGACGAAAUUAGUUUAAAUGAACUGGUAAAUCUUCAACAACAAAUCCAAUUUCAAAGUGAUCGACGUUCUAGAGGGCGACCUCGUGGAAGUCGGACUAAUCAUCCUAUACGUAAUUCGACAUCGCAAACAACGGUACCUCAAGAAGUAUCUCAAUCAGAUGUAAGAGAUGAAAUUAGCUCUAAUGACGAUAUUACAAUUUCUCAAGAAGUUCCGCAUCAAAGUAGUCACCGUCCUAGAUCACGCCCACGUGGAAAUUGGGCUAAUUAUUCGACAAACAGAUUGAACACACAUCAAGACACUACUCGGUCUCAAGCAGAUCAAGUUAUACUGAAUGAUGACGUGCUUUCUCAAGGACUGGAUCCUCAAAAUCAACGUUCUAGAGGUCGUUCGCGUGGAACCAGAGCGUCACGAAGGACUAUUUCACAGGUUCAUGCAAAUCGAGAAGCAAAUGAUAACUUGUCAAGAGAUGCUGAAGUUAGUGGAAGUGAAUCUCGAGGCGAUGUUUCUGGUAAUUUGCGUGAAGAAAUUAUUAAUGUAUCAAACCCUCUUGAUAAUUCAACUGAGGUAGUAGCCACUACUAUUGCUGAUAAUUCACAUGGACAAACAAGUUCCGUACCAUCGUUAGGAAAUGAAGAAGAUGAAGUUGAUGACGGUGGUGAUCCUGAGGCACAUAUAAUGGAAGAAAAUGAGCAAGAUCGAUGGAAAAAAUUUGAAGUUGGUGCGAAAUCUAACAAAAAUUUAUGCAUUAUACCUGAUGGUGCAGUGAACCUUACACGUCAACAAAGAAUUACAGCAUUUCUGAAAGGUGCACCAGAGAUUAAACCUUCAAGAAAAUACGAGGAACUUGACAGUUCAUUAAAGACCGUUGUGGAAUUUUUGGAUAACAAUGAAAUUAUAAAAGCAUUUUGUUGUCUUCAACAAAUAUCGAGAUCUCAUACAUAUAUUACAUUUCAAAGGUUGGAUAAAUAUAAGAUAUUUAAUAAGUUAAAUGAAAAGUAUGACAAAAAUCAAGAUAUUAUUGAUGAAUUCCUCAUCGAAGAUGGUAAACCAUCACCCCUUUUUUCGUUAUUGAUUAAUGGGUUAAGAACAAAAUUAGACGAUAUCUUAACAACACCACAUUUGGUGGACUCCAACUGUGCAAAAAUUCGUCUCCGAGACGUAUUAAAUAAAAAAAUCAAAUUAAAGUUCGUUGGUAAGACGGAAACUUAUUUGAAGAAAGCAUGGCCUUAUCGACGGUUUAAAAAUAUAAGUGAAGGAUUAACUCGUCGAACAAUGACAAACAAUGAAAUCGGGAGCUUUGAUUCGACUCAUUUUGAUUCUAGUUCUACCGAAUCUCACACGUCGGGUGAUGAUCAUGAUGAUUUUUCGGAAGGCGAAGUAGCAAAUAAUAAUGACGCGGAUGCUCUUGUCCAAGAUAAUUUACAUAAUGAAGAUCCUCUCGGUUCAAUUAAUCAAGAAGUAAUAAAUAAUGACGAGAAUCCUUUAGGUGCUAGAAGACGAGAUAUUGUUCCAUAUGAUUGGGAAGAAGAAAGCAAUAACGAUGAAAGUGGCAUGGAACCGCAUAUCGCGUCUGAUGAUGAUUUUUCUGAUUCAAGCGUUUCUGAUCAUUACACUUUUUGGUUUAUGAAGGAUGGUGUUAAAAAGAAAAUAGCAUUAGAUUCGACUGUAUAUACGGUUAUUCACAGUUAUUUAACAAAGAAAGAAAUUCGUACGCUAAAGGUAGAUGAAAUAUUUGAAAAAGAAUAUAUUAUUCACUUCGAAAAGGUUGAGGAACAGACAUAUGAAAAUGAUAAUGAUUUACUUGAUGAAUUAGAAUUUCAUGAUCAAAUGCUACUUAUUUUAAAUCUUAUGAGGAAUCUAUAUAAUACAUAUAACAGAAGCGUUUUUGAUUACUAUGAUCCUGAUAUAUUUCGAAGCUCUCAAAUAAUUCAGAAAUUGAGACCAUUCGAAAAGAAGUUAAUAAGUCGUAUUACUGGGUAUUAUCCUAAAGUGAUCGUUACGCUUUUGAGCCACUAUGGAUUCUUAUUUGACGGCUUUUGUCGUCACAAAUAUUUCAUUAGAAAUCUCUUCGGUCUUAGGAAGGUACCAAGAGGCUUGUCUCUAAGUCUAAUCGAUUUAAUUAGGAGUAAAAAACUUUUACCAAAAACAAAGAAAAAAGAGAACGUUCAAAAAGAAGGAUUAACUAAUUGGACUCGAGAGAAGUUCCACAAGUAUUCGGAUGCAAAAACAACUUUUGGAAUUACUUUCGCAGGAGAAAUGGGAAUAGGCGCAGGCGUAACGCGUGAUUUUUUCACACAAAUGUCUCAUUAUUUUCAAACUGUCGGAUCUAAUAUGUGGAUCGAUCUUGAAACCUCACCAAAUCUUGAUGAUUAUGUGAGCAAUGAGUACAAUUUAUAUCCGACACUGUUUGAUGAAGCAUAUGCUGCUUCAGAUGAAGGAAUUCGCGUGCUUAAGGAUUUCUACAUUCUUGGAAUGUUGACUGCGAAAUCAUUAGCCGACAAACAAAUUAUGGAAAUUCCCCUCAACAAGUUAUUCCUCAAAAAGCUCAUUUUCGGAGAGUUCCCAACUCCGGAACUUUUCAACUACGAUUUUACAAAAACCGAAAUUCAAAGUCGCAAGAAGGAAAUGAAAGUUAAAAAAUUGCUUGGAUUGAUAGAUCAAAUUAAUCCUUCGAUCACUAAAAUGAUAAAUCAUUUUCAUAGCGUUCAGAAUAAUUUGGAAUUUUCGGAUUGUUAUUACAUUCCAGCUGGUCGUAGUUGGCACAAAAAUAAUUUGGUGUCCAUUGAUCUUCCAGAAUUGGAAUCACAGAAUAGUUUCUAUGUGUUCUUGAAUAAAAUCAAAGAAGUAAUAUUUGAAACUGGAAUCCGUGAACAAAUAAGUAAAUUUAGAGAAGGUUUCAAUCAUGUGUUUCCUCUGGAUCACUUAAAAAAUUUCUAUACUGUAGAGGAGAUACAUAAGGUGGUCUUUCACAAUAAAAAAGAGGAUUGGUCGGCAGAUGUUAUUCGUCGUGCUUUCUUUGUUAAUAAUGAAAGCUUUAAAAAUGAGGUGGAUAAAAUUUCACAAAUUUUAUCAAAAUUCAAUAUCGAUGAGCAACGAAAGAUGCUCCGUUUUUUUACCGGAUCAACAAGGCUUCCUAUCGGUGGAUGGACCAAAUUAAAACCUGAAUUAGCUGUCAUUGAAGACACGGGAGCCUACCCAAUCGGUAGGACAUGCUUCAACAAGUUGUCUGUUCCUCGAAAUAAUAGUCUCCAAGGCCUGGAGGAUAAGUUGAAGUUAGUGAUCAACAAUAGUGAAAUAGCAGAACGAAUAGACAGAGAAUAA